ACACUUGUCUAAGUCCAUACUGGUGCUUCAAAUGGGUAGCAAUGACUACAUCAACAAUUAUCUCCAACCAGCAAAUUACAAUAGCAGCAGAACAUAUAAUCCUCAACAAUUUAGUGACCUAGUGAUAUCAACUCUCAAGAAUCAGCUAGUCAGAUUAUACAAUUUAGGGGCAAGGAAAUUUGUAGUAUUUGAGUUAGGUCCUAUUGGGUGUGCACCAGGAAUAGUUGGUAGGGCAACUCCAAAACCAAUCACCCCAUGUCUAGAAAGUGUUAAUAAUUUGGUUAACAUUUUCAAUUUGGGAUUUACAACUAUGACUCAAGAACUUACACCCGCCUUGCAAGGUUCGGAUUUCAUUCAUGGUCUUGUCUUCAAAAAGAGCUAUGACGAAAACCAAUCUCCCCUUAAAUAUGGAUUUACUGGAGGAAGUACGCCAUGUUGUCCCUCCUUAGGAAGGGGACCAGGACCUUGUCUUCCAAAUGGUACCCCAUGCCAGGAUAGAAAUGCUCAUUUGUAUUGGGACGUUGGCCAUCCGGUUCAAAGAGUAAACUAUGAAGUUGCUUAUGAUUGCUUUGAAGGCUCAUCGACUUGCUUCCCUAUUAAUAUUCGCCAAUUGGCUUGUAUUUAAUAGUUUAUUUUGAAUUUAGCAUAGUUAUCAGGCAAAUACAAUCCAAUUCAUUUUAUUGAAUAUGUUUAGCUUUCUAUCAACACUCUUUGAAUUCCUUCCAGGGGGCCGCCAAACUACAGCAAGACUAGGCCAGCCUUAAGCCACCCUUGAAAAGCCUAAAAAGUCUUUUCUUUGAACCAUGUUUUAGGGUGUACAAUAAAAUUUCAAGGCAUCCAAAAUGAUGGAACUAGUUAGGUAGGGCG